AUGAAACUAAUCAACAGUAGCUUUGUGGAUCUGCAGAAACCACAAGCUGAGGUCAAAGUGAAGCUGAAAGGUCACCAGAAACAAAUUAGAGGACUUGCUUUUUCACAGACUUUAAGUGCACUCGUUUCAUCUGGAGCUGAUGCUCAGGCAAAUUGCAGCUAUGUAUCUGGAAUAUUAAUGGAUGGGAGAAGAGGAAAUCAAGAAACAUACAGUCGCCACCUGGCCAUCCAUCCUAACUUGUUGGAGAAACCAAAGUUCAAUUCCAUAAUGAUCAACGCCAUCUCCUUGUUGUACAUGAAAGCCAAAUCGCUAUUUAUGACCACCAACUCGAAUGCUUGA